CCUGACAGCCACUGGGUCCGUUUCGUUGAUUUUCAACAACAGAAAUGUAAAUUUUAAACAAAAUAGUUGAGUAACAAGUUUACUUUUAUAGGCAUUUCUUUAAUUCUGACCCACUUUUUAUUUACCUAAAGACCGUCCUUGAAAAAAUGGAUUUUUUUUAGCAUUUCUUUGGUACUACUUUUAAGUGUUUUAACCUUCUUAGCAGUGACCUGCAACAUUGAUUUCUAUUUUUUUUUUGUUUUUAAUUCCAAUAAUAUAUACUCUAUCCCCAUGUUUGUUUAGAAUAACUUGUACAUAUGCUGUUAAGAUAGGCAGUGUUUUCACCUGUAAGACAUGCAAAUGGACGAUCCCCCUUACUUAUCCGUCGGCACAGCCGUUAGUGCAAAGUAUAAAGGGGCCUUCUGUGAAGCUAAAGUCAGUAAGGUAGAACGAGUUGUGAAAUGCAAGGUAACAUUUAAGACUGGUUUGGGAGCUGCUACAGUUUCUGAUAAUGAAAUAAAAGGCACUUUAAGAGUUGGUCAACAAGUGUUAGUAAAACAUCCAGAUUUUAAAGAUUUAGUUGAGGCAACUAUUACCAAAAUCCAGGAUUCAAGCCAAUACACUGUCGUAUUCGACGACGGGGAUAUUACAACCUUAAGAAGGUCAGCAUUGUGCCUAAAAAGCGGUAGGCAUUUUAAUGAGAGUGAAACUUUGGAUCAGCUGCCGCUCACACAUCCAGAACAUUUUGGUAUUCCAGUGAUGGGACCGGGAACUAGGAGAGGACGAAGGAAUAGACUGAUGAAUAGGGACGAAAGUAGCGAGGAGGAAGUGGAGACUGUUGUACAAAACCGUAUAGAUCUCGAAGUGUACGCCCCUGAUAUUGGCCGAGUAGUGUCCGUGGAAACUGGGGAAACUAAACGCGGCAAAGAGAAAUGGUUUCCUGGCUUAAUAGUGAUACCGUCUGCACAGCCGACAGUAAAGAUUAAUGUCAAAGAGGAGUUUCUCAUUAGGUCUUUUAGGGAUGACCGAUAUUAUACAGUGCCCAAAAAAGAGGUCAACGAAUACAAUAGGGAUUCACCUGAAAAAAUUGAUAGUUCCGGAUUGGCAGAAGCUGUUCAGAAAGCCAACAAAUUUCUGGAUAAUAAUGAGCUGCCUUUGCAUUGGGAAAAACGAUCCCUAUUUAAUAUUACUACUGAUACAGAUAGUGAUGAUGACAAUGGAAGUGAGACCGAGGAAGACGACGAGCCCAGCGAAGAAAAAGACCGAUUCGUAGCCCAGUUGUACAAAUACAUGGACGACUCUGGCACCCCAUUGAACAAAACUCCCACGGUUUCCAAUAAAGAUAUCGAUCUGCAUCGAUUGUUCCGCGUGGUGGAGAAAAUGGGUGGUUACAAUCGGGUCACCAACCAAAGCAAAUGGAAAACGGUGGCCCAUCGGCUUAAAUUAACACAUAACCAUCACGUGUCCAACCAAAUCAAGGCCAUUUAUAAACGUUGUUUGCUGAGCUAUGAGGGUUUCUUUAAAACAUUGGGAGUUACCAUGAUGAUCCCUACUAAGCCAGCUAAAAAGGAUAAGGGACGCAGUUUAAUACGAGAUAAGGACCGGACACCUAUGAGCAGCCCCAGGCCAGAGCGGGACGACGAUUUCUCCGAUAAAUCAGUCGAGAGGAAAACUCCCUUACCAGAAAAAAUCGAGACGAAAAUUAAAAGGAAACCGCUGGAACUGAAGGAAAAGGAUCCGGUCAGCGUUAAAAAAGUGAAACAAGAAGGGAAAGACAGUGAUGUUUCAGAUACUCCUAGCACGUCCAGCAUUAGGCCUAAGAGAGUGGAAUCAAAAUUGGGAAAGGAUAAGAAGAUUAAACCUGCCCAAGGGGAAAAAGUUAAGGCACUUGUUGACAAAUUUGAAAGUGAAACAAUAAAAAAAGAUGAAAAGGUUCAGUUUACAAGGUCUAAAUCUGUAACAAACAUAAAAGCGAAGGACAUCCCAAGCACGUCUAAAGACAUGGUGACCACCAGGCAAAAUAAGGAAGUAAUGUCGGUAAAACCAGUACAAAAAAUCAAAAAAACGCCCAUUAAAGAGGAAGAGACACUGGAAAAAGAGAAAAAGAUCAAAAUAAAAAAGAAAUCUGAGGGAGAAAAGCCGCUAGCGGCCGAUUUCAACGAGCCAUUGCAAACCGCCAAUAUCGGUGAUAAACUGAUCGUGUAUUACGGGCCCACGAAUGAGUCCAAGGUCACUUAUGAGGCCAAAGUGGUAGAUAUUGAUAAGGACGCCUCUGGUCCCGUAUAUUUGGUACAUUAUACCGGUUGGAAUACUAGAUACGAUGAAUGGAUUCAAGCUUACCGUAUCGCCGAGAACUUGAGUGCCGGAACAAAAACGAAACGGUGCAAGAUACCGGCGCCGGUUAACGUUAAACCGGCGAGCGGCGGUCCGCCGUCCGCUUCUACUUCCAAACAGCCGGUGCCCGGGAAAAGAAACCGUCUUACUUCCAGCUCGAGCCGUGGGCCGUCGGAGGAUAAAACCCCCAGAUCGACGACCCCGUCCAGCGUCACUUCUUCCGGUAGUACUGCCAAGAGUCCCGCGACGAGGUCUAUUAGGCUUGCGGCUAAAAAUGAGUCGAAACGGCGAAGAGUCUCAGCUCCGGCGAGCGACGCCUCCGUUCACUCCGAUUCCGAUAGUGACACUUCCGAGAGCGACACUGGGGAACUGGAACUGUCGCGAACCCGCAGCGGAAGUCUUAAGGCCGACGAACCGGAACUACGGGUUUACAGGAAACGGAUUUCGAAACCCACUUCUGUUAUACCCGCUAAAAAUCUUAAGAAAAAAGACGAGGAUACAGAGAAAGGCGACGAAUCGUCGGACACAAAAGAGAAAUUUAAACUGAAAAAACCGAAAGCAUCCCCGCUAAAAACCACCGACGAGAGUGACGACGAGGAUUGCGUGGGACACCCGAAAGGGCGAGAUUUCGAUUUGAACCAGAUCAGGUCGGAACUAAAAGGGUUUUCUAAGGCCCUUAAGGUUUCACCGGUAGACCAAGAGAAGGAGAGCGUGUCCUCAUCGGAUGAGUGUCAGGAAAAAUCGACUUUGGUACCAGGUCUACUGAAAGAUGUCAAAGUGGAAAAAGAGGAGUCUUUUGCUGAAAUUAAGGUAGAAAAGGAGGAACCGCAAGAAAAAGCCAAAACGCCCCCACUUAAACUGGAAAAAUCGUCCAGCUCGGAGGAUAUUUACGAAUUCAAGGAGCCGGAACCAUUUGAAUUCGAAAGUAGGUCUAAGUUGGGCGAUGACAAGAUUUCCAAGAAGAGGAUACCGAGAAUAUUCGAUUCACCUAGGAGGGAUACUCGUUCACCCUUAUCUCCUGGAAAAAGUGAAAAACUGGUGCGCACUUACUCUCGCCUCCACAAAAAAAUCCACAUCUCAGAAGAUGAAGACGAACCGGAAGAUGAAGACUUGAUAGAGGAAGAACCGCAAAUGGACGAUUCCAAGAACGACGAUCCCUUCGAUAAGCUUAUUGAGUCCCCCAGUUUUAAUAUUCUUUCGAAGUCUAAUAUCGAUAUUACAAAAGCCAAACCAAUUUCCUUUAGUGAGGAUUUGACGCUAUUAAAAGAUCCUCCGGAGACUUCUGAUGAGUAUAGUAGGGACAUGGACCUGUCGGACUGUGAGUCUCAGCAGACCAUUUUGACGCGGGAAGAUACGCUUUUUUCUAAUACGUUUUCAAAGUCAUCGCCCGAUAGAAAUACGCCCGAUUUUGCUAGCAGUAAGACGGAUGAAGGUAAAACAACAAAUAGCGACGAUGACGACAUCCAGGCGCAAAUCCAGAGAGCGAUCGCCCAAAGUUCUUCGACCGACGAGGAAAGCAACGACGCCCUAAUCAACAUGCCGCCCGAUACUGCGGCUUCUCCAAAAAAAGUCGACGAUCCUGUGCCCACCGUUUCGACCCCCACGAAAAUCAUCAGUGCGGUCACCUUGGCCCUUGGCACUCCGGGCAGCGAACCCUCUAAGUCUCCUAGGACUGAAAAAGAUCCGAUUAUUGAGAUAGAACCGUCCGUUGCCGUAGUAGAAGAAGUUAAGGAUGCAUUGGCUGAUGAGCCGCCGGAAGCAGUGCCCGAGGAAGUAAAACCUCCAUCUCCGAAAAAACCCAUCGAUCCGGCCCUUCAGGAAACAGACAGUUCACUCUUGGAAUCGAUAGUGUCAAAACCACCGUUGAUACUGGACCCGAAACUCGAUGAUACUGCCAAAGAACUCAAUCUAAAGCGUGGCCCAAGAAUAGCAGAUUCCAUACUGCAAAAGUUCAAUUUUAUUUCAAAUAACAUCGAAAGCAAGCAGAACGCCAACUCGGAACCAAGUAGCAGCGGUACUAUAAGUUUCCCAAGCACAUUAUUAAGUCCAAAACCGAUUGAACUGAAACCGGCCCCUAUUGCCAUCAGCCCUAUGCCUCGACUGAUUACCACCUCUCCAGAACCAGGUCCUUCUGUCGCAGUUGAUUCCAAACCGAAACUCUGCCCAUUAGAGCUAAAACCGAAACUGGUAUCGGACAUAAAACAGCGAAUCGACGAGAAGUCUUUACCGAAACUGGCGGAAAGUCUUAAGGCGAAAUCACUGGAAGCUGCCUGCAGUGAAUUAACGAAACCGGAGCAGUUGAAGACGGCGGAGGGGCAAAAAGAUGAUACAAAGAUGAAGAAAAGGAGGGCCAUCAGUAAACCGAUAGUAGAAGAGUCGGAUAGCGACAGCAGCGAUUCGGAGAAUCUGAUUAUUCGAUCGGAUGACGAGGAGGAUUCUCAGACCAAUUCGUCGGAUAAUAAACCGUUGGUUGGCGGCAAGGGUACUACUGACAGCAAUUUGUCCUUGCAGAAAACCCUCACCGCCACCGACGAUUCCCAGUCCCAACCGGAGUCCGAGGAGGAAAAGCGAAAUUUCACCUUCAAAGACAUGUUGCCUAAGAGGGAGUCCUUGGACAGCAAUCAGGAGCCCGAAAAACAAAUAGGGGAUCAGCAGGGGUCUACAGAGGAUAAACAUGUAGCUUCCAAAAUAGAAACUAAUUCAGUGGAACCUACAAAAGAAGCGGAAAUGGAGGAGGAGGAAAUCAAGGAGGAUCCCAAUCUCAACUCACUCCUGUGCGAAGAGGAACUUCCUCGGAGUCCGGCCCCUGUGCCCGAAAUAGCGAGCGUUAACGAAGUUGUUACAGCGGUCUCGAUACACGAGAUGCCGUUUGCGAGCGCCCCAGGUACCAGCAACAGUAAAAUAUUGGAACCGUCAUCGGCAGUGAAGAAACAACCGCAGUCACAGGCACAACCGCUCGCAAUGGAGAGAGAAAAUAGGGCUGAAGCUGAGACUGUGAUCGAGAAUACCCCGCCCACCACUCCCGAGAGUACAAUCAGUAAUAUGUCCCCUCGAGGGGACAACGGUAACACGUCACCGAACACUAAUGACAGCAAGUCGAAUGAACAAGAACCAGAGUACGUGGAUCCGAGACCAUCUACAACACCCAAAGUCACCCCGUACAGUGAAGAAGAUACCCAGGCAGGUGGUCACGAGCAGCCGUCAACGAGGAAAUCUUCCGCGGAGUCGUUCGGUCAUCCCCUCGGGUACCGCAAAAGGCGCCGGUCGUUACGCAACUCGGAGGAGGGGCCUUCGGGAAGCGGGGGCGCGGUGGUACCACCAAAACGUACCAGGAGGCCGCGCCGCGAGCGACGCGAUACCGACAGCGACGACGCCUCUGAGGAGAAUUCGACGACGGCGAGCGGAGCCGCCGGCGGACAGACGCCCGGCAGUGCCGCCUCUUCUGUGUACGAGAGGUCUGCCAGAUCCCCGAGACCUUCCAGAUAUAAUUUCUUCGUGGAGUUUGAUCCGAGCUUAGACAGUAACCAAAGGAUCGCGAUCCUCCAACAAAAAAUAUCGGAACUGCGUAAGACGUACGUGGACGUCAAGGCGGAACUGGCGGCGGUUGAACGAAGACGGAAGAAGCUAAGAAGACGCGAGAGAGAAGCCCUAAAGUCGGCGAAACACGAGGUGGCGUGCGCGUGACACCGGGGCAACCGAGUGGUCUCCGGCGAUUUAACAAUCAGAAUCUCCCUGGGCGCCUACGGAGUUGGCAGCUCGUCCUUUUGUUAAAAAUAUAAACAAUUUAACGAUUAAUAAUAAUUAUAAUACACAGGGUGUCAAAUAACAAAUACAUACGUUGACCUAAGGGUACCAAAUCUUUGAUUUUCAAAUUUUUAUUACCCUAUUUAUAUUUUAUAGAAUAGAUACAUUUUUUUUAAGCAAUAGGAAUGGUAAUUAUUAUUACUUGAAAAAUUUAAAGUUUGCCCCCUAGGGGUACGUCUAAAAUGUGUAUAUAAAAGUAUAUAGAUAGGAUACUGUUAAUAUUUAAUGUAAAAAACAAUAAUAUUUUGUUCUUUUUAUUAUAAAGCUUGUAAUUUUUAAUUAUGAUUUUGUUUAUAAACCAUUCCGUAUAAUUAGGUAAUAAAUACAUAUGUAUAAUAUUG